GCAGGGCACGGGGCAGGGCAAGGCGGGGCCGGGCCGUCUCUCUCCCCGAGCGGAGCGGGAAGGCGGGCGCCCGUCUGCCCGGUGCCGGCCGGAGCCAUGCGGAGCUGCGGGCGGGCCGCUCGCUGGGCCGCCCCGCUGCUGCUGUUGUGGCAGUGUCUGCCGACGGCGCGGACCUACAACGUGGACACCCGCCACCCGCUGCUCUUCCGCGGGGACAACGGCACGUUCUUCGGCUACUCGGUUCUCCUGACGGGCCACGGCGAGGAGCGCUGGCUCGUGGCGGGCGCCCCGCAGGCCAGCUGGGCCGCCAACAGCUCCGUGCGCAGCCCUGGGGCCAUCUUCCGCUGCCGGAUCGAGAGCAAUCCCCGCGGGACGUGCGAGCAGCUCCAGCUCGGCAAUCCUAGCGGGGAGCACUGUGGGAAGACUUGUUUGGAAGAACGAGAUCAUCAGUGGCUGGGUGUCAGCUUAUCAAGGCAGCCCAGAGAAAACGGAUCUUUUGUCGCUUGUGGACAUAGGUGGAAAAAUAUCUUUUACAUAAAAAAUGAACACAAACUCCCAUACGGUAUUUGUUUUGCUGUCUCUUCUGAUUUUCGAACUGAGCUGAGCAGAAGAAUAUGCCCAUGUUAUAUAGACCACGUGCGAAAGUUUGGAGAGAAUCAUGGGUCAUGCCAGGCUGGAAUGUCUAGCUUUUACAUGGGGGACUUAAUUAUAAUGGGAGCCCCUGGAUCGUAUUAUUGGACUGGUUCUGUUUUUGUAUACAAUACAACUGCAAAUACAAUCCAUACUUACACAGAUUCAAAUAACCAAGUGAAAUUUGGCAGCUAUCUAGGGUACUCUGUUGGAGCUGGACAUUUUCUGGCAUCAUCUAGCACAGAAGUAAUUGGAGGGGCUCCCCAACAGGAGCAGACUGGUAAAGCGUACAUUUUUAGCAUUGACAAGCAACUGAAUAUUCUGUUUGAACUAAGAGGUAAAAAGCUUGGUUCUUACUUUGGGGCUGCGGUUUGUGCUGUGGAUCUGAAUUCAGAUGGCCUCUCAGACCUGCUAGUUGGUGCUCCCAUGGAAAGUACCAUCAGAGAAGAAGGAAGAGUUUAUGUCUAUAUCAAUUCAGGUUCUGAGGCAAAGAUGAUAGAACUGGACAUAGAGCUCAGUGGGAGUGACUCAUAUGCAGCCAGAUUUGGGGAGUCCAUAGCCAAUCUAGGAGACAUUGAUAAUGAUGGUUUUGAAGACGUAGCAAUUGGGGCUCCACAAGAAGAUGAUCUAAAAGGAGCUAUUUAUAUAUACAACGGCAGGGAAGAUGGAAUAACUCCAUCAUUUUCACAGAGAAUACAAGGACAGCAAGUCAGUACUACUUUGAGCAUGUUUGGACAGUCAAUAGCAAGCGGUAUUGAUGCAGAUAACAAUGGUUAUCAAGAUAUAGCAGUUGGUGCAUUUCUGUCUGAUUCUGCUGUGGUGCUGAGAACAAAACCAGUGAUAAUUGUUGAAGCUUCCUUAAAACACCUGAAGUCAAUAAAUCGAACUAAUUUGAACUGCAUGGAAAAUGACCAGCCUGCCAUCUGUAUGAAUCUAGAGAUAUGCUUUACCUACACAGGACGAGAGGUACCUGGGUAUAUUGAAAUGUUUUAUAAUCUGAGUGUUGAUGUGAAGAGAAAAGUGGAUACACAAGCAAGAUUUUAUUUUUCUGCCAAUGGAACAUCUGACACAACCUCUGGAAGAAUCAAGAUUUACAAAAAAAAAAUUGUCUGCAAAGGUCAUCCAGCAUUUAUGAGGAAAGAUGUAAGGGAUAUCUUGACUCCUGUACAUGUUGAAGCAAGUUAUCAUCUGGGGCAACGUAUUCUACAGAAAAGAGAUACUCAAGAAUUUUCUCCACUCCAACCUGUUCUUCAAAGGAGGAAAGAAAAAGAUAUUAUAAAAAGCAAGUUUGUUUUUGCAAGAAUUUGCUCCCAAGAAAAUUGCUCUGCUGAUUUGAGAGUUUCUGGAAAAGUUGCUUUUCCAAAGCCUCAUGAUAAGAAAAUGUACCUUGUUGUUGGAAGUACGAAGACUUUGUUGUUGAACGUUUCUCUGCACAAUGCUGGAGAUGAUGCAUAUGAAACUGUCCUCCACAUUCAGUUCCCUAAAGGCCUUUAUUUCAUCCGAGUUCCGGACUUGGAAGAAAAACAGAUACACUGUGAAGUAUUAGACAAAGAUAUUCAUGCAGUGAAACUUGAGUGCAGUGUUGGUUAUUUGUAUGUAGAUCAAAAGUCAAAGCUGGAUUUCAGUUUCCCUUUGGAUGCAAGCUCUUUCACCAGAGCAGAUGACGACCUCAACAUCAUCAUUAAUGUUAGCUGCAAAAAUGAAGAUGAGAACGUGUUACUGGAUAACAUGGUAACUGUAGCUGUACCUCUGAAGUAUGAGAUUGAUUUAAAUACUCACGGAUUUGUAACACCAGCUUCAUUUGUUUAUGGAACAAAUGAGAAUGAAGCAUCAGUUACGUGUAUGGAGGAGAAUAUCAACUUCACUUUCCACGUUAUCAAUGCAGGACCAAGCAUGGCUCCAAAUAUAAACUUAGAGUUAAUGAUACCUAAUGCUUUUCCACCCCAUGACUUCAAAUUAUUCAACGUUGUGGAUAUCAAGACAACAGUUGGAGAAUGCUCCUAUAAUGAAUAUCCCAGAAACUGUAAUGCAGCAGAAAAAACUGAAAACAUAUUGAAGGAUGUUGUCACUUUCUUUUCAAAGCCUGCUAAAAGACAAAUGUACUGUAUGAAAAAUGACAGCCUUUGCUUACAAAUACAUUGCAAGCUUGGAAACAUGGAAAAUGGAAAAGAAGCAACCAUUCAGUUGCACCUGGAAGCUACUCCUUCGCUUUUAGAAAUGGAUGAUGCAUCUACGUUGAAGUUUGAAGUAAGAGCGACAGCCUCACCAGAAAAGAAUGCAAAAGUUAUUGAACUACAGAAGGACAAGCAAGUUGCAUAUGUCUAUUUGGAAGGAGUGCACCACCAAAAACCAAAAUACCAUGUCACUGUAUUAAUUAUUGGAAUAGGCUUAAUAGCUGGUAUUACCUUGUUUUUGCUUCUUUCACUUCUAUUGUGGAAGAUUGGCUUCUUCAAAAGGCAAUACAAACCAGUCCCUCAGGACAUGAAUAGGAGAGACAGCUGGAGUUUUACAAGUGGCAACAAAGAUGACUAAGAGGACAAAUAAAACUUGUUUUGAAAUGAAGAAUUUAAGGUUCGGGUUAAUUCACAGGAGAAACACCAGUGAAACAAAAAGUGGUCGUGAGCUCAUUUGCCCUUACAAAACAACCCUGUAUUUCCUAGAUCUGUAUUGACAACUACAUCUUAAUGUUCAGUUAUUCUUCUAAUGUGAAAAUGGUAAAACUAUUUCUGUUUUUAAGUCUUACAGUGAUAUUUGAAAUACCAUCUCUGGUUUCAAAAAGACAGCAGAACACUAAAGAUAAAGAGAAUAAUAAUUACUUACUGGAAUGAAGAUGUCUGAGAAUGUAAAGUGUGACCAAUCCUGGAAAAUAAGAUCUCAAACAUUAGCAUGAGUUAUUUUAUGCAUUUUCAAGUUUCAGCAAUCUUUUGAUUAGACAUUCAAGAAGAAAUCCUCCCUCAUCCUGGUUUGGCAGUUUUACAAGGGUACAUUAGCUUAAACCAACAUAAGGACCAUAACUAGAGUGCACAGAUGUAGAAAACAGCUAUCAGAAGCUCUCUUGGGCUUCCAAAGGAAACCUCAAAAAGCUUUGGCUUCAUAGACACAGCUCUACAGUAUUGGAGAUGCUUAGUCAGGCAAGUCAGAGCCAGGAAAGCCAAAGGUAGAUUUACAACAGGGAAUUCUGUGUGGUAGCCUGAACACAUAGCACAGAAUCCUCUGUCAGCUGUAGAAAGAGUAAUGUAUAGGAGAUCAUAAGUUGUAGCCAUCUGUAACAUGGUACUUGCAAAAAUGACAGAAUUAGUUGUUUUGUCCUUUCCUCAAAUACCAGUGCCAUGAUGUUUUGGACUUCUGCAGCAAAAUAUUUUUAUGUGAGGGUUUUUUUUAAGUAAAAUAUUUAUUUUUAUUUAUUUGAAGAUUUUUUUAAAUAAUACUUAGCAUAGUAGUCUUUAGUACUAUUAUUCUUCCAGUAUCUGAAAAAGACAGACUUCACAUGAUGAGAAAACAGAGAAACAAAUGUACCCCACCGCACCAAAAGCCAACUGUACUGGGCCAAAUUUCAUCUUUAGAUUGUCCACCUGAAUGUAUGUAAGAAGCCAUUUGGAGAGCUAAUGUGGGUUCUUGUGAAGUUGUUAGUUAAUAAUCAUCUAAAUUGGCAUCUUCAGAAACAACUGAGUAGAAAGGCAAAUGACUGAAUAGAAACAUGGUUUAAACCACUGAUCUGCUACUACAGGAAGUUUCUUCAGCUAGAUAAGUUUGCACUGCCACCUAGCUUUGGUGAAAUAAAUAGUACAGUCUAGGAGAAAAAAAAAAUCAUGACUGCUCCCCAGUACAACCAGAGAAUCUACAAUGUCAUCAGUAACUAUAUUUAUUGUAACAGCAGUAUGUAAUAAGGCCAUUCUUGCUCUGACUUUGAUGUCUUUCUGAACUGUAAGGAAAAACAAGUUUAACACAUACGUACACUUUGGAGCCACACCAUCAUAUGACAUUUAGUUCAAAAACAAUGCAUAGUGCCUUCAGCAAACACUUUUGCAAAUGGGUUGUAUUUGGUGCCAGAAAAUCCACAUUGACCACAGAUCAGUAAGGCAUUGGGGACCAUUCUGUAAUUUCUGUUUGCUUAAUUUGAUGCCAAAGUUGUGGAUCCCUCUAAAGUAACUUAUCUCAAAAAUCGUAGGCAGCGUAAGGACUAAUGAAUGUGUAUGUAUUUUUAUAUAGAGAUAUGUAUAUCAAAAAGCGUGUGAAGAAUGUGAAGAAUGAAAUACUUUCUUGCAAGUCUAUGAAACAUACAAAAUGUUCAUCUUCCAAAUGGCUUUAGUGAUUUUUUGCACUUUAACCAAAAUGACUUUGAACAGAAAUUUGUUUGAGAUUACAGCAUAUAAAUAUACCUCAAAUGCUGGAAAAAGCAUUAAAAUUCUUUUUAGUACAAACAAUGCAAAGAAAUGAAACUAAAGCAUUUUAUUUAUCUUUGAAUUAGUUUACAUAAGUCAGUAAAUGUGAUAAUGUUGCCUUGGAAUGCUUUCUAUUCAUAUUUUGUAAUUAACAUGUAAAUGUUGGUUUCCUGUUCUUAAGAUAUGAAGCAAAAGUCAAUUUGUUGUUAGAAACAAGGUUGACAAAAAUAAGUGUACACUGUCUUAAUGGUGGCGAAAUUAUAAAGCAUCACUUGGUUUUACUUUACUAAAGAGAACUCCAACAAGUUAAGCAUGAAUGCUGUUUCUUUUGUAAGUUCUUUUGUUAAUUUUCACUUAUGUAAUAAAAACAGUUAAUUCUA